AUGAUAAGCAGAUGUAUGGAUAAAACAAAGCGAAAAACUUUUAUGUUUAUUCCUUCUGAAUUAACUGAACUCAGUCUACUGAGAAAUCAAAAGUCAAAUUUUUCAAAUACCACCGAUUUUUACUCACUUGGUUAUAAAAUACCUGAAAUAUAUGGCAAUCAAUCAAACGACAGUGAAGUUGUACUGAUUUUGGGAUUUUAUGAUUCAUUCACUGAAAAAAAUGAAGUAUGCCCUUAUUGUUGUGUAAAAAUUCAAUCUAAUGAUAAUCUACAUAUUUGUGCUCAAAGUCUUAAAAAGUAUAAAUUUGAUCGUUCAUGCAUUAAACCAUAUUAUCCUUUAUUAACCAAUGAAUCUUAUAUAUGGAUUAGUCUUGAUAUGAAUAAAUUACCAUCAUUAUUGAAACAUGGUAUUCUCAUGAAAUAUUCUAGAUUAUUUUAUUCUCAAAACCAUAAUUGGUUAUAUUCAAUUAUGAAUUAUGAAAUUGGUCAAUCAUUAUGUACACUUAUUCUAUGGUCUAAUCAAUUUACACUAGACUAUAAUACAUCUUGUUGUGAUCAAUUGAAUUAUGAAAGAAAAUGUUCACGGCAAUAUUCCCGUUUCAUUGAGAUAAUAGUACAGAUUUUCACCAAGUUGUUUAACAAAACCAUUCAAAUGAGUUAUACCUUAUUAUUAAUUAAAUACCAAUAUGAUACGUCAAAGAAAUCAUCUACAUUCUGUACAAAUUGUCUAAAUAAGUUAUCCAAUACUACCAAUAUACUACUACUACUACUGAUAACAGUAGUAA